AUGAGCGGCCCGCUUUUCGUUGUCCACCCCUCGCAAUUGUUAGAAUUCAAAGAGGUGAUUUUCAACAACUGUGCGCGUUUCUUCAGUCGAAUCGAAAUUGAAAAUCUUUCAUCAAGUCGGUUAGCGUAUCGAGUUCGAACCAAUGCAAAAGACGUCUACUUGGUGAGGCACAAUCCCGGAUUCGUUGAGAAAGACCAGAAAAGUGAAGUACUUGUAUUCAUUAAGCCUAACAAAUCCGUCAACGCCAAGCACCGGUUUGUGGUUACGGUAGCCGAAUGUAAAGGUGAGUUUUGGUAAAGAAAACGGUUUUAAUUACAAAAUGUAAUAAAACAUAGAAAUUUUAGAAGAAAUAGAUCGAAAUGAGUUUUGGAAAAAAAAACAUGAACGUCUCAAACUGGCACAUUGGCGUCUGUCUGCCCGAAUACCAACCAUGGACACAGAAACAACAAUGUCUAUGUACCAAUCUCAGGUUAAGGCUCUGAAGAUUGAGAAUCAAAUGUUGCGGAACAAAUGUGAAGAAUAUGCGAACAUGAAAAAAGGUUCGGAUGAAGGACAGCCAUCAGAAGAGAUUGAAGUCGACAUGCCCACGGUCACUUUUCCCGAAGCCGACAACAAAACUGUACUUCUGAUUGUGUUGUGUGCUGUGAUCCUGAGUCAAAUUAUCCUGAACGCGCUAAAACUCUUUAAAUAA